AUGAAUCUUGAGACCAACGCGUCUUCUGUAGUGUUGUACCUAAGCAUGAUCUCGACACAAAGUUCACGGAUGGAGAAUAACUCUGAGAGAAAGCUGCGUGAAAACACAGUUUCGGCUUUAAUCUUCACGUUAAGUCAGUUAACGAAUGAAUUCCGUACACGCCAGUCAAAGUAUUUGAAGGACAUAAAGAAUCGAACGAGCAAUGUCGACAACUUCCUGGUCACCACGGGGCAGUCCGAUGAUUUGCAGUGGGGUGAACUUGUUGACGUAACGCCGUCGCGAGAGUAUACCAUGGAUCAAAUUCAGCAGAUGAUGAUGAUGAUGAACAAGCUGUUCUGGUGGUUAAUUCAUCCAUUCGAGAACUUGAAUACACUCUUCAAGGAUUUGUCAACAAUGGUCGUAGACCAGGGCACUAUUCUUGACCGGAUCGACUAUAAUGUGGAACAGGCGUCGAUUCGUGUUUCUCGUGCAGUAGACAGCGUGAAGAAAGCCGAGAAACAUCAACGUAACGACAAGAAAAUGCAUUGUAUAUUCUGUCAAACGGUAGCCAUUAUUGUAAUCCUUCUGCUGAUUAUUUUCACAAAACUCUGA